AGUAACCACUUUGAUUUGAAAUCUCGUGCGUAAGUGAAGCCAAAGUCAAGAUCAUUUCAAGCCGGACUCUGGCGGCGUGCUCUUAUCAUUUUCCGGCCACGGAUGGCAGUGACGAAGGCGCUUCGGGGUUAUCGCCGAUUUGACCAAUAUAUGUGCUACGGUGAUUCAAUUGCAUCGAAAGUAUUAUUUGCGGACCCACGACUGCUGAUUAUUUGAGGGGACAGAACCAAAUAACUCGCGCUCACAGAAAGUUUCUUUGUUGCUCGCCAACAGGCACUGGGAUUAGUAAACAAUUGUGCCUCGUACCGGACGGACCUAUAAGUAGUAGUUCCCUAAAAAUAAGAUAAUUAUAAAAUGAGAGAAAUGUCUGGAACUAUACUAACAAUCGGUGUGUGCCUGUGCCUGCUACAACCCGAAAUCGCCGCGAGUUUGUCAUUUUCAUGGGGCAACCUCUCCCUCUUUAAUGUCAACUUCAAGACCCCCACAAUCCUGGGGCGCUCCAUUGCCAUGGACAGUAAUCUGCGGGUGGAAACCGAGGUGGAUCCCAAUAUCGAUGAGGACUCGCAUUUGAACACGUACGGUUUAAUAUACAAGUAUGGUUAUCCAGCGGAGAAUCACACCGUGCAGACGGACGACGGAUACAUACUCACCUUGCACAGGAUAGCUCGUCCUGGAGCCAUUCCCGUGCUCCUGGUCCAUGGACUACUGGACAGUUCCGCCACCUGGGUGAUGAUGGGCCCCAACAAAGCAUUAGGUUACCUGCUCUACGACCAGGGCUACGACGUCUGGAUGGCGAAUGUCCGGGGCAAUACGUACUCCCGUAAACAUGUCAAGUACAGCACCCACCACGCCAAGUUCUGGGACUUUACGUUCCAUGAGAUGGGCAAACAUGAUAUUCCCAGCACCAUUGACUACGUCCUGAACUAUACAGGUGUUAGCCAGAUACAUUAUAUUGGACAUUCCCAGGGAACGGUUGUGUUCUGGAUCAUGGCCAGUGAAAGGCCAGAGUACAUGGAUAAAAUAAUCCUGAUGCAGGCUUUGGCUCCAGUGGCCUACUUGAAGCACUGUCGGAGUCCUGUGGUCAACUUCCUGGCGGAGUGGCACUUAUCGGUGAGCUUGGUCCUCAAGUUGAUUGGCGUUCAUGAGUUCCUGCCCAAAAACGAAUUCAUCACCAUGUUCAACCGGAUUGUGUGCGACGAGACAACCAUUACCAAGGAGAUCUGCUCCAACGUGAUCUUCCUGACCACAGGAUUCGAUAAACUGCAGUUGAACGAGACCAUGCUUCCGGUGAUUGUGGGGCACUCUCCGGCUGGAGCAUCCACCAAACAAAUGCAGCACUUCGGCCAGUUGAACAGGUCCGGAGCCUUCCGGCAGUUUGACUACGGCUGGCUGAGGAAUCACUGGGUUUACGGCACCGUCCAGCCACCCACCUAUCACCUCCAGAACGUCCGGGCCAAGGUUGCCCUCUAUUACGGCCAAAACGAUUGGCUGGCCCCGCCGGAGGACGUGGAAAUGUUGCACAGCCAGCUCCCGAAUGUGGUAACCAAAUAUCUUGUCGAUGACAAGGAGUUCAACCAUCUGGACUUCAUCUGGGGCAUCGAUGCUAAGGAACUGCUUUGGGAUAGAAUGUUGGAAAACAUGAAAACCCAAGAGAAUUCAGUGAUUUAGGGGGG